AUGGUUGUAUCACAAGUGUGUUCUUCUGUGGACGCAAUUAGGGCAUUUCUUGAACAUUUUGUUGAUCUAAUGCUGCCAGAAAAACCUUCUAUUCAAGACGAUCCUCCUCUAUCUCAACAACAGAAAAUUGCAAACCAGGAUCAUUCUGUUGUGUUACUGUACAACUAUUACCACAGAAAGCAGAAUCCAGACCUAUCAUAUGUAGGAUUUAGGGAGUUUUGUAAGUUGAUUGUUGAUAUGAGACCGGCUUUGUUGCCAUAUAUGAAAUUCACGGCAAAGCCUAAUGAAACUGACCUCGUUGAUGUGGAGGAGCAGUUGUCGUUAACUGGAAAAGCGAUCACGAGUUCUUAUGAUAUAUGUACGAUUUUAAACCCGUCGAGAAGUGUUCCUAACAUAGAGGGAUGGCCAAUUUCAAAAGUUGCGGUACUUUUAGUUGAUAGUAAGGAGAACUGUUUCUUGCGUUUUUGUUCCACAACUGGUGGAGUGUGGUCGUUGAUUGAAAAAGAUGUGGAUACCUCCGGUCAAAUUUCUGAGGUUACAAGAGAUGUCAAAUCUACAUACCAAAAGAGAAGAGUCAUUAAGAAGCCCUCAAAAGAUGGAUUAAAUGAAGGUAGGAUUUUGGAAGUUGGAUAUUCGGCUGUUAAGGAAGCUGCGGGAACAGGUGUCAAUAGUAUUGAUAUAAUGCUUUUGAAAAGUUACAUUGUGUAUUCCCAGAGCAAAGAGAAGACAGCUUCACGAUUUUAUAUAAUGAAGUGCUCAAAGUUGAUCAGUGAGGGGUUUAUUCAAGUUCCUAUCAUAGAUUUAGUUAAAAGCUUCCAAGGUCCUUUGGUGAAAAGAAGUUCUAGCAGUUGGAUGGUCACCCCAGUCGUCAAGCACUUCCACAUGCUCCCUUAUUCCGAAAUAAUCUCAGAAUGGAUUUCUAGCGAAACUUUCUCAAAUAGUUUGCAAGAUUCAAAGCCAGCAGAGAAACAACUCCUAACGCGUGGAGUGACAGAAUCACGUGUAAGUAAUGAGGACAUGUCUUUUGGUCUUGAUAACAAGACAUGCAGUGACCCUGUUGAAGCUCUUAAUCAGAAAGGGAACAAUGGUUUCUGCUCAAAUAAACGGUGUAGUACUGUCAAAAAAGACCAGGAUAUGGACAUGAACAACUCUUUAGUUUUUCGAUCUAAAAUUAAAGAAGAAUGCCAGCAGCAUAUUGCAAAUACUUUACAAGUUAGUGAAGAUCAAAAGAUAGAAAACCCAUCUGCUGCCAAAUUCCUGCACUUCGGAUAA